CUGAGAUCGUUUUUUGGUGAAUAAUCCUGGACCACUUUGCAAACGUGUGGCUAAGAGCUGGACCCUCGUCAUCACCACGCACUUUAUCACCGAGACAGGGUAACCCAUGGUAACUGAGCUCAGAUCAGUUAAGGGGCAGAGAACCUCCCUGCCUCCCAGCUCUAUAAAAGAAGCCCAGCCAAGGGACCCUGCAGGCUUCUAGCUCUCAUCCUGAACAAAGGUGUGAGAAGGAAGUCCAGCUGCAGAGGCAAGGCCAGCAUGUCUCCUACCUUCAGAUUUCAGUGCCACUUCAUUCUGUUCUUCCUGACGAUGUUAAGAGCAGACAGCCAGCACCUACAGCUGCAAGAAGCGACCACCCAAGACCCUUUCCUACUCCUCAGCGCCAACCUGAAGCGGGAGCUGCUGGGCGAGCAGGUGUACCGCCGAGCUCUGCGCUGUCUGGACAUGCUGAGCCUGCAGGGCCAGUUCACUUUCACCGCGGACCAGCCGCAGCUGCACUGCGCCGCCUUCUUGAUCGCCCAGCCCGAUGAGACCCUCGCCAUCCAGGUGGACUCGGUCUCCAUGGACUGUCAGCGCGGGGACUUCCUGAAGGUAUUUGAUGGUUGGAUUCUCAAGGGGGAGAUGUUCCCCAGUUCCCAGGACCAUCCUCUCUCCACAGCUGAGCGCUACAUAGAUAUUUGUGAGAGUGGUUCUAGCAGAAGGAACAUCAGAUCCUCCCAGAAUGUAGCCAUGAUCUUCUUCAGGGUUCAGGAACCAGGAAAUGGAUUCACAUUAACCAUAAAAAUGGACCCCAACCUCUUUCCUUGCAACAUCAUUUCUCAGACCCCAAGUGGACGGUUCACAAUGAUAGUCGCACACCAGCAUCGAAACUGCAGCUUCUCUAUCAUUUAUCCUGUAGCCAUCAAAAUAGCUGACGUUACCCUGGGACAGCUCAGCGGGCCGCAGUGGAAGACAUCCUCUACAGAUUGUGCAGGAACCGGAGACUUCGUGGAACUCCUGGGAGGGAGCGGACUGGACCCUUCAAAGAUGAUGUCCCUAGCUGAUCUCUGCUCUCCCUUUCAUGGUCCUGCCCAAAUGAAAAUUGGCUGUGACAACACCGUGGUGCGCAUGGUCUCCAGUGGAAAACACAUAAAUCGUGUGACAUUUGAGUACCGCCAGCUGGAACCUUUUGAACUGGAAGACCCAAAUGGGAACAGUAUCCGAGAGUUCUGUUUGUCUAGUCUCUGAAGGAGCAGCCCCGUGAUUGACCUGCUGUUAGCUUUGUGAGUUCUAAUGGCUAUUAUAUAUGAUUUUGAUGGCCGGCUAGUCAUACCUCCCCACCUGUCAGUAUUCCUUUCCCUGAGCACAUGUCUUUCUCACAGUCACACUAAGUUUUUUUGUUCCAUGCUUCCUUCUCAUGUGUAAUGUGUAGCUAACCACAUGACAGAAAAGAAGUCUUCUCCCUUCGGUAGAAAAAUACUUCUCUGUAAUUCUUUAGUAUGUUACAAGCCUGACCUGGUAAGGCAAGGGCAAAGCAGUGUGGGAUAAAAAUCACAAUUUGUAGGGCAGAGGUAGAUAGCAUAAUGGUUAUGCCAAGAGAGAGGUUCCAGAGUCCCAGGUUCUACCCCCUGCACCACUGUAAACCGGCGCUGAGCAGUGCUCUGAGAAAGAAAAAAUAAAAAAUAAAAUAAAUAAAAUAAAUAAAAAUUUGUGUCUCAAGGAAAAAGACAACAAAGAAACAGAGUGGUGGCAGCUCGUGGCCGUUUUACAACAGAAGACAACCCAAUGUUUGGUGUAUACUAGGGUAAUUGUAUAAUAACCCGUUAAUUUUCUCUUUGUUAUUCUGUGAGUAAUAGAUAAUGUUGUGACUGCUGUUUAUUGAUUUGUAACAACUUGCUUUUAACAAAACUUUGAGCAUGGAAAAAGUUUCCAAUCACAAAUACAAAUAUGAAUAAAUAUAUUCAAAAUGUUGGCA